ACACCAUGAAGGUCAAAAACGGGACUGAGGCAAUUCGAAGUGAAAACUUUAUGAAAAAAAGAUGAAAAAGGAAUCAACACGCAUUUUGUGUUCUAUUAUUUACUGUAAUGGAAUCCGUCGUGGUUUGCUUGAAUGUUAGAAGGAGUAUGUUAGGUGGGAAGGAAUAUCAUCAAAAUCAGCAGGUGAGAAGGAACAUCAUAAACACAACAGGUGAGAAGGAACAUCAUAAAAACAACAGGUGAGAAGGAAUAUAAUAAAACCAACAGGUGAGAAGGAACAUCAUAAAAACAACAGGUGAGAAGGGACAUCAAAAAAAUUAGCAGGUGAGAAGGAACAUCAUAAAAACAACAGGUGAGAAGGAACAUCAUAAAGACAACAGGUGAGAAGGACAUCAUAAAGACAACAGGUGAGAAGGAACAUCAUAAAGACAACAGGUGAGAAGGAACAUCAUAAAAACAACAGGUGAGAAGGAACAUCAUAAAGACAACAGGUGAGAAGGAACAUCAUAAAGACAACAGGUGAGAAGGAACAUCAUAAAAACAACAGGUGAGAAGGAACAUCAUAAAGACAACAGGUGAGAAGGAACAUCAUAAAGACAACAGGUGAGAAGGAACAUCAUAAAGACAACAGGUGAGAAGGAACAUCAUAAAGACAACAGGUGAGAAGGAACAUCAUAUUGCAAUGUAAUAUAUUCUUAGAAAAAAUAUCAUACGUUAAUGAUAGAUAUCAAUAUUAGUCAAAAUAAAUAUCCGUAUGAUAAACUACGUUAAGAAUAACCACAACAUGUUGUCGAACACAUUUUAUUUAUUGCUCAGAUGUUGGUCCAGACGACCCCUUUGUGUUUAUCAAUGAAACACUGGAGAUCAAUUGUACUUUAACGUCACCAAACGAAAUCCGAAUCUCCUCCACACUCUACUUUACACACCAGCAAACACCGCUGGAUGUUGGGUACUACGAGUUUCCGAAUAACAGAACCCUAUCAUUCCGGAAAGUGGCGGAAUUGACCGAUGCUGGAGCGUACAUGUGUUACCGAAGUGACAUUAGCGGAAGGAUGGGAAUUGUCGGAACACAACUGGUAGAGAUUGCUUACCCACCUCAAGUGGUGACAGAAAUACAGUGUAUUUGGUACAACUGGAGGGACAUGUUAGAAUGCAGUUGGGAGCUACCGGCCUACAAUCUGAGAGACAUUGAAGUGAAAUUGAUGUGGUACAAUGGCGCGUUUGGUCAGUGCCCUGACAUGAGCCCCAACAUGACGAAGUGCACCCUCCGACCCUCAUACGCCGCCCUGGAUGUGUAUUCAUGGCAUUUUCAAGUCACAGUGACCAACACCAGGCGGAAUGUUUCCGCAGUCGGUCCAUUCAUUGCCAAGAACCAACUAGAAAAUGUGAAGCCGGACAAAGUGGACAGGUUAAACUACGAGUAUACUGACAACAGUGGCUGUAUACGACUGACCUGGACUUGUGAGGCCGUUACAUGUGUGAGUCCUUCGAGAAAGAAACAGAUCCGGGUACGAUACGUCACCUUACCUGGCGAACCUAAG